UGUCAACAAAUAUGGCGGCCAAGAUGGUAAAAUUCGUGCUUAAAAGUGCCGUGGCUGGUAGUUUAGUUUAUGUAACACUGAGAGCCACGCACGGGCCUCCAAUGCCUAAUCAUAUAGAAAAUUUUUACGCAAAACGAGACCUGUUAAGUGAAAGCGAUGAAUCAAUAACCAAAGCGAUGUUUACCAAUGGUCAGACGUCGUACGAUUUUCAAGAAUUCUGGAAUCGAGGAGUGAAAAAGGUAUUUCGUUGCGUGCACGAAGCUCCGAGCUCUUUAGAAGAACUCUCGAAAAAAACAUUGGUAGAACUUGGAAGAAAAUAUGACGAAGUCAGUAAAUAGUAGAGAGAUGUAAAAUAUUAUCACCUUGAUGAGAAAUUGACUUGUUCACCUGUACUCCAACACUGACUUCUUAAGAAUAAAUCGUGUUUGAUUUGA